AUGUCGGACUACGAGGAGGAGGAAGAGAAGUGGGUGCAGUGGUUCUGCAGUCUCUCGGGCAACGAGUCGUUCUGCGAAGUCGCGCAGAGUUACAUCGAAGACUCGUUCAACCUCUACGGUCUGCGCGCGAUGGUGCCCAAUUACCAGGACGCCCUGAACAUCAUUCUCGACCUCACGGACAUUCCCUACGACGACGACGUGCCGGCGUAUGCAGCAGAGCUAUACGGACUGAUCCAUGCGCGAUAUAUCAUCACGGCCCAUGGAUUGGAUGCGAUGAUGAAGAAGUACCGCGAAGGGGACUUUGGCAUGUGUCCAAGGGCGCUGUGCGAAGGGCAACCGGUUGUGCCGGCGGGUCUCCACGACGAGUGGAAGAAAUCAGAGAUGAAAGUCUACUGCCCCAAGUGUCGAGACGUGUACACACCAGCUACCGAAUACCAGGCUCCAACUGUUGACGGAGCGUAUUUUGGCACGACGUUUCCGCACUUGUUUUUUCUGACCUAUAGAGAGCUGGAGCCGGCACCGUCGACACAUUUGUAUGUACCGCGGGUGUUUGGAUACAAGAUUUACAAUAAGUCGGAGAAUCGUCGACGCCUUGCUAUCCUCGCGAAAGAAGGCGCGGAUGAAGAAAAGACUCAACAGCAGCGACGGACUCUUACAGGAGCUAAACGGAAGGGCGAAGCCAACUUGACUGCGGAUGCGUCAUCGUCGCGAGUGAAGAAGCGGACAAAGCAGGAAGCUUGA